AGCUCUGCCCAACUUUCCGUUCUCUCACUGGCUCUGUUAGCACGGACUUUCUCCCCGUUUCAAGACUUACGCAUCGUUCAACCUAAAUUUGUGCGUAUUUGGAGCAAAUCCGAAUCUUUGGAAGAAAUUGCGCCUGCAUGCAGGCAGAAUCGGGUUGCGUUGUGUGGACAUGGCAGUUUGUGCGCACAUCCGGGUCACUGCAGCCGGACUCCAUUAUUCUCAAAGAAGUGUGAAAGUAAAGUGACUGGAUAAACUGGUGCAGCGUAGCGAGGAAACCACAGCGAGCAGGUUUUUACAGACGGUCAAACUGGGAAGGGAAAGGAGAUGUCGAAUCAAGGAGGAAGGAGAAAUGGACCCGUCAAGUUGCGUUUAACAGUGCUGUGUGCAAAGAACCUUGCAAAGAAGGAUUUCUUUCGCCUGCCUGACCCCUUUGCUAAAGUGGUGGUGGACGGAUCUGGGCAAUGCCACUCCACAGACACAGUGAGAAACACUCUCGAUCCCAAAUGGAACCAACACUAUGACUUAUACAUCGGCAAACUGGACUCCAUCACUAUCAGUGUGUGGAACCAUAAGAAAAUCCACAAGAAGCAGGGUGCUGGCUUUUUGGGCUGUGUGCGACUCCUCUCCAACUCCAUCAACCGACUCAAAGACACGGGCUAUCAAAGAUUGGAUCUAAACAAGCUGGGACCCAAUGACAGCGAUACAGUGAGGGGCCAGAUAGUGGUAAGUCUUCAGUCCAGAGACAGAAUCGGCUCUGGUGGACCCGUGGUGGACUGCAGCCGUCUGUUUGACAACGAUCUACCUGAUGGCUGGGAGGAACGAAGAACAGCAUCCGGUCGCAUCCAGUACUUGAAUCACAUCACACGGAGCACGCAGUGGGAGAGACCAACCAGGCCAGCGUCAGAGUACUCCAGUCCUGGUCGUCCUCUCAGUUGUCUGGUGGAUGAGAACACACCCAUCAUGACUCCCAACGGAGCGGCGGGCCCUCAGGCAGGCGAGCUGCGGGUGCAGGAGAGGCGUGUGCGCUCUCAGAGACACAGAAAUUACAUGAGCCGAACUCACCUGCACACACCGCCGGACCUACCCGAGGGAUACGAGCAACGGACAACACAGCAAGGACAGGUCUACUUCCUUCACACCCAGACGGGCGUCAGCACAUGGCACGACCCCAGAGUGCCCAGGGAUCUGAGCAAUGUGAAUUGUGAGGAACUGGGCCCGCUGCCUCCAGGCUGGGAAAUUCGGAACACAGCCACAGGCCGCGUCUACUUUGUUGACCACAACAACCGAACCACCCAGUUCACGGACCCGCGACUGUCUGCCAACCUGCACCUCGUUCUUAAUCCCAGUCCCAACGGUUCCCGUAGUGCUGGUGAGGCUCCAAACAGUCGUGUGAAUCAGCUGAAGGAGCAGGCCCCGUCAGUGUUGUCUCCUGGGAAUCUGCAUGAUGAUGCAGAGUGUCUUACCGUGCCCAAGUACAAGAGAGACCUGGUGCAGAAGCUGAAGAUCCUCCGACAGGAGCUGUCACAGCAGCAGCCACAGGCCGGACACUGUCGUAUCGAGGUGUCCCGUGAGGAGAUAUUUGAGGAGUCAUAUCGGCAGGUGAUGAAGAUGAGGCCGAAGGACCUGUGGAAGAGACUGAUGGUGAAGUUCAAAGGAGAAGAAGGGCUGGACUAUGGAGGGGUAGCUAGGGAAUGGUUAUAUCUUCUGUCACACGAGAUGUUAAAUCCAUACUAUGGACUCUUCCAGUACUCACGCGAUGACAUCUACACACUACAGAUCAACCCUGACUCUGCCGUCAACCCGGAACACUUGUCCUAUUUUCACUUUGUGGGCCGGAUAAUGGGCAUGGCUGUGUUCCAUGGCCACUACAUCGACGGUGGCUUCACUCUUCCCUUUUACAAGCAGCUGCUGGGAAAACCAAUAACUCUAGACGACAUGGAGUCUGUGGACCCUGAUCUUCACAACAGUCUUGUUUGGAUCCUAGACAAUGAUAUCACUGGGGUGUUGGACCACACAUUCUGCGUGGAGCACAACGCAUAUGGAGAGAUCAUCCAGCAUGAGCUCAAACCCAAUGGCAAAAGCAUUUCUGUUACCCAGGAAACCAAGAAAGAAUAUGUCAGGCUUUAUGUGAACUGGCGGUUCCUAAGAGGCAUCGAGGCACAAUUCCUCGCCCUGCAAAAAGGCUUCAAUGAGGUCAUACCUCAACACCUGCUCAAGGCCUUUGACGAAAAAGAGCUUGAGCUGAUCGUGUGUGGCCUGGGGAAGAUCGACGUCAAUGACUGGAAGUCCAACACACGGCUGAAGCACUGCACACUUGACAGCAAUAGCGUAAAGUGGUUUUGGCGCGCAGUGGAGUCGUUUGAUGAGGAACGCAGAGCAAGACUGCUGCAGUUUGUCACCGGAUCAUCCAGAGUCCCUCUACAGGGGUUCAAAGCCCUUCAAGGAGCUGCAGGACCACGUCUUUUCACUAUCCAUCAGAUUGAUGGCAACACUGAUAACCUACCCAAGGCCCACACAUGCUUUAACCGCAUUGACAUUCCGUCAUAUGAGAAUUACGACAAGCUCUACGAUAAACUCCUGACAGCCAUAGAAGAGACCUGUGGCUUUGCUGUGGAGUGAUUUUCUCCACUAGAGGGCAUGGCCAGGGAGAAGAGCCAUUUCUGUGUGGAGUGGAUCAGCCCUGUGUGUUACUCCAUAUUCAGAGUGCGUGCGGCUUAUGGACAAGCAAGCAAGAGCAUCCCUGUUGUCAUAAAGAGGAACAGGACUAGGAGUAGAGUGUUAAAAAUAGAAUGGCACUCUCCACCUCAUCUGGCUACAUGGGUUUUUUUCUGCACCUCUACGUAUUUUUAUAUACAAAAGUAUGGACUUCGUUUUACGGCUGCUAGUUAACUGGUAACUUUAUAUCUUUUUUGGACACGUGAAAAUGACGGCUCUUCCUCUUGUUAUAAGCAUUAAGGAAAAAGACAGUAUUUGAUGUAGCAUCAGUGACAACUGAUUGAGGAAAAGAGUGACACUGGUGGGGCUCCAGCAGAUGAUUCUGCAUGAGCUUAAAGAGUAGCACUACUGCCCACUCGAAAAACCAAUGCAGAGAUUCCAGUGGCAACAAAGAUGAACACAAAAUGUAAACAAAGUGUUUGUUUGCCUCAUAAGACUUAUAUGAGCUCCGGGUAUUCUGAUGUGGUUCCGGGUGUUGGACUAUCUUGUCACUCUGUGGAUGUUGAAGCCCUGAUGCUAAGACAGGAGCUGUUGAAUAAGCUUUGUUAAAAAGAACAAAUGAAUGAUUAGGUAGUUAUGCUAUUUUUCUAUAAUGCAAGGUAGAAACAUGGAGAAAUAAAAAUAAAAAAUAAAAAUAAAA